AGCACUUUACGGAUAAGGAUUACAUGAGAACUGCUAGUCGACCAUCGCUUCGCCGCGACGCCAUGCCAACCAUUUUUGAGUGGGAAAUAGAUCCUGCUCCGGUGUGUGAGUCACAAAAUGACAGCGUUGAGGAGAUCAUUGAGCUACAAAAUUGCGAAGUUGGUUUAAAUGAAGGCGAUAAAGUAUAUCGGCCCAGGGACGGUACUCUUGAUGCUUCGACGUCACCUAUCCGUAACUGUGUUUACUAUGAUAGUGAUCUACAGGAAGUGGAAGUGUUGAAAGUGGAAGUUGAGACAUUCAAGCGCGAAAAUGCACACCUCAAAAAGGAAACCGAAAAGCAGUGCACCGAGCUCGCUACAUUGAAGCGGGAGUCCGACCUGCAAUUGAAGAGACACGCAUGGAAAAUGGAGUCACUGCAAAAACGUUUGGAUGAAAUGGCUGCCCAAAUGAAAAAUGUGGAAGAUGCACUAGCUUCCAUCUUCACCAAAGGGCAGAUAGCGAAGCUGAAGUCUGGGUCGAAGCGACGAAAAUGGGCGGAAGAGGAUAUUGCGAAGCCUCCGCUUACAAGUAUUUUGCUGAAAAACUUAAGCUCUAAUGCAGAACUGUGGCCGGUUGAAGAAGCGGAAUUCGAGGAUUUGGAGCUAGACGGACUCGAGCAUUUAGCGGGAUAUAUUUGCCACAAGCUGCAGGAUGACAUUCCCAGCACGUCGUUCAGGAGCAAUGACGACCAUUCAUUCUCCUGGGCGGAUCACCUUAAUGAGGCAUGAAUCAAUGUCCGCAUUUCACACGCACUGAUCUCAGUAUUUCAGACUCCUAAAAUUAAAAUACUUGCAU